AUGCCGCGGUUCGACUUCGACGAGCUCGUGAAAGAAACUCUCGAGCAGACGGAGGUUCAAAUCGUUGAGCCGGACAAGAAGGAUGAAGCAGAAGAGACUCAAGUCACCAGCAUCUUCGAGAUCUCCCAGCAGGUCAUGACGAGGAGCCGGGAUAGCAUGUCGCUCUUCCACUCGGCGCUUCCUGUGCAAGUCGCCAAGACGCCAAAUCGAAAAGUUCCUGCUCCUCAGGCGAAGAAACGCACGUCCUCCAUCCUCAAGUCCAUCCAGAUCUCUAGCAGCCCAGUGCAGAAGUCCUCUCAAGCUCCUCCGCCGCAUAUGGAGGAGUGGAGAUCGCAGCAUGCCCCCCUCGAGCCGGUUCCCGUCCAGUACCCGUCCAAGCCGUCAAUCCCGUUGGAUGCCGGAGAUCUGUGGCGGAAUGACAUGGGCUUGUUUAUGGGACGUUCUUUCCGCGCAUGCUUCAGCCCCUCGGGGAAGAUCUACAUCCCAAGACAGAACUACGGGAGUGAUGACUUCGGUCACAAGGUUGAUGUUCGAGACGUCCGCAGCUCAUUGCACGACACAUCAGAAGGAAGAAGAUCGUAUGUAGAGCUCAUGAAGGCGCAUCAUGAGAAGUUGGGUGUUGGAGACUCUUCCAACAUCCAGCAAUGUCUGGAUCACUACUGCUCGGUCACAGCCAAGGACAGGAACCUGCAGAGCAAGUACAGCUCCUUCUUUGCUUUCAUCCGAUGCCUGCUGGUGGAUAGCUCAAGCGGUCUGCUGGAUUCGUUCUCGGAUUGGCUGCAGGGGGACUUGAAACAAGAGAUUGCGACGUACCUGCAAACCGGCGGCAAGGAGCAAAGAUUGAACGACAGCCUGAGCGAUUACGACCGCAUCUUCGUCCACCUGACAGGCCGUCAGAUCGACCAUGCUUGCACGGUUGCGAUGGAUAUGGGUGACUUCGAGCUGGCGUUGUUGGUUGCCCAGCUGGGAGAGAGCACAAACAUGGCACAUGACAUGAUCAAACAAGUGGAGUGGAUGGAGGUCACUCAUAGCUCCUACCUUAGCAACCAACGGGAGUACAUUGAGUCCAAGAAGCUGUUGCAGAUCUACAGGCUGCUGGCCGGCGAUAUCGAUGCGCUCCUAGCGACGAUGUGCAGCGACUAUGAGCAGGACUUGAAGGAUCCUAGCAGGUAUGCAUAUCCCAACCAAGACAUCAUGAAGUUGCCGCCUGAAGGCAUGAGAUCGCAUAAGAUGGAUUUGUUCUCAGACAAGAGAAAGCUUCACUUCUCCCUCCAAGGAGCGUUUCAAUACUUCAUCGGACUGCAGUGGCAGACCUCUUCAGACAGGACACGUCAGAUCGUUCCACAUCCUUGGCCCGCGUUCCUGCAGACAUCCAGCAGCCGCCAGAGGGUGCCGAAACAACUUGUUCGCAAGAUGAUGCUGGAUGGUCCGUCAAGAACCUGUGCCUUCCUCCCUGACUACAUCCAACGGUCCCUUGGACUCAACCAAAACUCUUCCCUCCUCCCUGCUCGUCUCGUCCUCCUCGACUCCUCCUCCCCCUCCUCCUCCUGGCCGGUCGACAUGCGCCUCCAGCUCCUCCACCUCAUGUACUCGGACUUAUGCGGGAAGGAAGCCUCUCUGUCCUGCUUGCUCGACCCCCAGUCGUCUCUCCCACACGAGAUGGACUGGGAGCUUUCCUGGCAUGUGUGUGAGAUCUUCUCCCGCUGCAAGAACAAAGACAGCGCACAGAAAUCAAGUUUGCUAGGAAGGAUGAUGUCGAAAUUCGUGGGGUCGGAGGAGUUUUCUCUCCUAAGACUCAAGAUCGCUCUCAACUUCGCGUCACAGCUCGAAAUGUCAGGUCAGUGGGAGAUGUCGGCGUACGUCCUGCUAGCAUGCAUCGAUGCAAGCAUGAAGAUGGAAACGUUGCAAGACGAGGCGGCUGAGCAGUGGGAGGCACUUUACCGCAGCUCAAUCACCAGCGCCUUCCGCUCCCUCCUCGCUCGUCACAGUGAGCACAUGGAGCAGCGAGGGUAUGACAUCACCGUCAAGGGCGUCUGCGUGUUGCAAGAGAGCGAGAUGCUGCAGAAACUUUGUGAUGGAGUAGAAGUGAGGAACUGGUUCACGCAAGCUCAGGCUUGGAGCAGUCGACAAGAGAUGGAGACGAGUUUGGGGCAUCGGAGGUUGCAUCAUGAUAGGGAGUUGUCGCUCUGCCUGGAGUGCCAUGAGGGUGGAAGGGCACACGAGCUCGUCCUUCAACUCCUUCAUCACGAAGAUCUUCUCAGCGAGGACUCAAAGCUGAAUGAGAAGACCAUUCUGCUCCUCCGCAGACUUGAAAACGAAAUGUCGAGAUGGAGGAGGGAGUGGGUCAAUGGGGCAGCCGCGAUUCUUGCACUGUUGGAAGUGAUGGAGACGAUUCAAAACUUGGAGAAGAACAACUACGACUUACAGCCUGAGGAUGUCAUGCAAUACCUCCUUCAGGUUCAAGGAUGUGCAAAGAUCAUUGCCAGCUUGUCGUUCAAUGUGCAGAGAGCAUGCGAGGGUCUUCUAACCAAGGUUGCUGUUGCUCUCUGGCAAUUCUCAACGGAUCGAGCGGGAUCGAUGGGCAGCAGCUACAAGCUCAACCUUCCUCCUGGCAAGCAGCUGGGGCUCGUCCAGCAGUUGGCAGUGUCGAGCUUCAGGAUGAUGAGCGAGAGAGGACGGAGAACCGACCAGCAGCUCAUGGAGGAGGACGAGGAGAUGAUGGAAAGGGAGACUGAAGAAUGUUGA